AUGAUUUCAAAGUGCAAUUUAUUACUUGUAUCAAUUGUUCUUGUGGCAAUUUUAUGUUGUUGGGCAACAACAAGUGUCGAUGAAACGAGAAAUAUUUCAAUGAUGACAGACGAUAAAGAUGAUCAUGUUAAAAGAAAUGGAAAAUAUCUUAAUUAUCUUCGUCUUCCAGAUGGCCAAUGCCAUAAUUGUUCCACAUACAAAUGUACCAAUCAUAAGUCAAAUAUGGGUGGUUCAGAAUGGUGUAUUAUGUUAUUUCCUGAUGCUCUUGCUCAUUGUGAUACUGAUCCAAAUUGUGGUGGAUAUACAAUGACAACAGCUGAAUGGUUUCAUAAAAAAUACGAUAAAAAUGGACAAGUUGCCGUUCAUUUGGCUAAAUCUGGUCAAAAACCAAUUUCUUGUUUAUUAUCAGAAUGGAGCAGUUAUGAAAAACAAAAUGUUAUUCGUGAUACUCCUGUAACAUAUGGAAUAACAACAUGUGGAAAUAAUAAUCAAGAGACAUGCGAAAAAUCACAAAAUUUUAAUUAUAUGUUUGUUAGUAAUUCAAAUGCUGUCGAGAGUACUUCAUCAUAUUCAUGUUACAAUCAUCUAAAUAAAUUCGAAAAUAAGGAUUUUAAAUGCAUUUUACCAAUGGUUGAUGGUAUCGCACUUUGUAAUUCCGAUGAUCAAUGUGAAGGAUUUAUGAUUAAUACAGAUGAAAAUUGGCAAAAGAAGUUUUUGAAUAAUGGAAUGCAAACAGUACAAUUGUUCGGAAAAGGUGUUACAUAUACGCCAAGUGGAACAUGGCCGAAAAAAGAAUCACUUCGCCAACAUGAAAUACCAUCACGAUUAAUUAUUGGUUUUGAACCUUUUACACCAGAAAAUGGCUUAUUGACAUCAACAAUGAAACCUUGUCGUCAUAAAUUAGCCGCAUAUUAUGGUGAUCGAUUGAAAUCAUCGAGUGCUAUUGAACAACGAUUAAAAACUAUUAUCGAAACGACAACAAAACAAGCACUAUUGAAUAAAAAAGACGAACAUUUCUUUAUUUCUACGGACGGAGAUUCAUUGACAGCCGUAUGUUUAUCUCAUAUGAUUGAGCAUGAUCUAGGAAUUUCUGUACCAAUAAGUAUACUUUUACAACCAGAUAUUACUAUCCAACAUCCAACUAUAGAGACAUUAUUAUCUGACUCGGAGUUACAGUUAGAUAUAACUGUAGAUCAAAGGAAAAAUAGCAGCACAUCUCCUACACUGAUUUUCAUUACUGGCACAACAGGAUUUGCCGGUGCAUUUUUAUUAGCCGAAUUAUUAUCUGUUUAUUCUCGUGAAUGUAAAUUUGUUUGUCUGGUACGAUAUCAGCCUUCAAUGAAUCCUUUAGAUCGUAUUCGAGAAAAUCUUCUCUUUUAUAAGAUCUGGAAAGAAGAUUUUCAAGAACGAAUUAUUCCGUUGAAAGGUGAUUUGGAAGAAACAUGUUUUGGAUUAGAUCAUGAAAUCUAUCAUUUUUGUGCUCAACAAAUCGAUAUUAUCUUACACUGUGGUGCUGCUGUCAAUUUUCUACUUCCCUACAGUAAACUGUAUCGUUCAAAUGUGUUUGGUACGCAAGAAAUUAUUCGUUUGGCAACACAUACAAUUGCUUGUAUACCCAUUCAUUAUAUUUCAACGUUAAGUGUUCUAUCAUCGAAUGUUAACAAAGAAGUAUCGAUUGAAGAAAUUGCUCCAGAUAGUUUGAUUAGUGGUUAUGCACAAAGCAAAUUGGUAGCAGAACAACUGAUGAGUAAAGCCAACCGUUUAGGCUUACCGGUGAGGAUUUAUCGUCUCGGAUCGAUAUGCGCUAGUACGGAAACAGGUGCUUGUAAUCGAAGUGAUCUUCAUACGUUUUUAUUUAUUGCUAUGAUGAAACUAAAGUUACCCGGAGACCAUGGUUCAUACUCGUUCACAUGCGUUACUAGUUGA